ACUUUUGGUUGCUGUGAAUUUUCGAAAUUUUCCAGUGAAAAACUAUUGUUUAAAGUGCGUGCCCCAACGCUCUCCGCCAACAAUAAUGGAUACCGAAGAAGUUCAAACAAAAAUGCAGCGCUCACUGCGCAAGCAAAAGUACAAACAGCUGCUGGAAGAAGGUGCCGAACUGGGGCUGCGAGCGGAAACGGCAGACCCGGUGGAAACGUUCCAGGCCGUAACCAACAUUCUGGAGGCCAGCAAUGCCCUGCAGAGCGAAGGCCGCGUCAAAGAUCGGGCCGAGAAUGCCACCGAAGUGCUGAUGGACGCUCAGGUGCUCAAAAUGAGCCACGAUGUGGUUCACGCGGCAAUGCAGAAGAUGGGUAAUUCCGAGUUUUCCGACGAUGAACUGGUUGCCGUUAUUCUUUCCAAAUUUGACUCGGAACAAGAUUCGGAAAAUUGGGAUAAAAUAACACGCGAAGCGGCGUCCAUCUUCUACAUGAGCAGACACAGUCAGUCGCUUUAUGGCUCCUUUGAUCCCGAACCCGUCGUCACUGAGAAAGCUGUCAAACAGCGAGCCCAACGGCAGAAGGCCGAUUUCGGCAAGGCGAAGAAGCCGGAAACGGUCGAUAAACUACAGAAGAAGGAGAAAAGCGGUCAAAAGCUGAAUUUGAUUUUCAAUCAAAUCGUGCGGAUAUACAACGAGCAGCAGCAGUCACCGAUUCCGUACUACAAGCUGAUAAUCGAUCCGGACGAUUUUAUGAAUACGGUCGAUAAUGCGUUCCAGCUUUCGUUUCUGAUACGGGAUGGAAAAAUUGCACUGGAAGGCAAGGAUUACCAGGAGCCGGUGGUGAGGCCAACCACGCCGCGGGAAAACGAGCAAGCUCCGGAAAUGGAGACCACGCAGUGCAUACUGGGGCUGAAUCCACGCAAAUGGAGGGAAAUGAUAGAACACUAUGGUGUGAGUGAACCUAUGCUUUUCCUAAACCGGGAAGAAUUGGAUGCUACACAGUCCGGUACACAAGCCUAGAGAUAACGGUUUUUCGAAUUGUAAACCCUGGAAGGGGUAAGCCACUACUAGGGUAAGGUAAUGUAAGCAGAGACUUACUUAAGUCACUUAAGCGCUAUAAUUCGAGAAACUAGUUAAUGAACGAAGAUAA